AUGUCGGACGCACAUAUCUUGCAAGGAUCCUACCCGCCACGCACGAAGGAGAUCAUUGAUUGCACUUAUCCCUUGCUUGAAGCAAAUCGUGCAGCGAUCGAGUCAAUCGUAUGCAAAACCUUUGAUUACGGCCCAAUAGAAACCCAUAAGCUCGACGUGUACUACCCGCCAAACCACACGGACAACACAGCUCAAGCUGCGCCAAUCCUAGUCUUCUUCUACGGUGGCGGGCUUUUUACUGGUUCUCGCUCCUCGCCGCCUUCCAACCUCGUAUACAACAACCUUGGGGCUUACUUCGCUUCGCGAGGCAUCCUUACCGUUAUACCCGACUACCGUCUCGUUCCAGGCGUCACUUACCCUCAAGGAUCCGAGGAUGUCCGUGACGUGCUCGAUUGGGUUGUUCAGCAUCUCGCUUCUCUAGGGGAAGACAAUUCCACCCAUGUGUUCGUCCUCGCUCACUCAGCGGGCGGGAUGCACGUCUCGGGAUACCUCCUCACGGACUUGUUUGCAUCGUCCCCUGCAGCGCACAUCGUACGAGGCGUUGCGUUCAUGGGUGUACCACUUGAAAUACACCCCUCUCGAGCUAAGUUUUAUGCCGUUGCCGAGACGUACUACGGGGACCGAAAGAAAAUAGCUCAAAACCAGCCUCUGGGCAUGCUUCGGAGGGUAGAGCCUUCGCGUGUUGCUUCGCUCCCUCCGUUGCGGAACUAUAUAGCGGGGAGUGAGCCUCGGGCUAUCUCAUCCUCGAUGAGGAAUUUUGCGAAAGAGUGGAAGAAGAGGGGAUGGACCGUCGAUGUGUUGGUCAUGGAUGGCCAUGAUCAUCUCAGUCCGGUCUUAGCGCUUAGUUCGGGGAGUGGUGAGGAGUGGGGGGAGGAUUUGGUUGCGUGGAUAGGUUCCUUUUGA